CUUUGGUUUGCAGACCUCAUUCACUAAAGCUGUACAUGUAGCUGCUAUGCAUACACUGAAAUCUGCAACCUCAUAGACAUAAUACAAAUUAUUGUUUCUCAGCUUUUGAUAGACUCUUUUAUUUAAAAUGUUUUCUAAAGAAAGGAAAUGUUUUCUAUGGGUUUCUCCUUUGACCCUAUAUUGUUUUUACAUAUUGGUAUCAAUCUCUACCUGCAAGACUAUGCGUUACAGGACUUAUGAAGAGGACGAACCUGGAACUGUUAUAGGGACAUUAGCAGAAGAUUUGCACCUCACCAUACCUGGAGAUGGAAGUUUCCGUCUUAUGAAGCAGUUUAACAGCUCCCUUAUUCGUGUCCGGGAGACUGAUGGACAGCUUAGCAUUGGAGAAAGGAUAGACCGGGAGCAGAUUUGCAAACAGACGCUCCAAUGCAUCCUUGCCCUGGAUGUUGUCAGCUUUUCCAAGGAGCAAUUCAAGCUAAUUCAUGUGGAGGUUGAGGUGAAAGACAUCAACGAUAACAGCCCUCGUUUCCCCAGCGCUGAGAUACCUGUAGAUGUGUCUGAAAGUGCGUCCGUGGGCACUAGGAUUCCAUUAGAAAUUGCAGUGGAUGAAGAUGUUGGAUCAAACUCUAUUCAGAGCUUCCAAAUUUCAGUUAAUAGUCAUUUCAGCAUUGAUGUGCAGACCAGGGCAGACGGUGUGAAAUACGCAGACUUGGUGCUAAUGAAAGAACUAGACAGGGAGACACAGUCCUCCUACACCUUGGAACUUGUGGCAAUGGACGGGGGAAGUCCAUCCCGCACUGGAAGUGCAGUGGUUAAGGUCAAAGUCCUGGACUUUAAUGACAACAGUCCAGUGUUUGAGCGCAGCGCUGUUACAGUGGACCUUAUGGAAGAUGCCCCUGUAGGAUACCUCUUACUGGACCUCAAUGCAGUUGACCUCGAUGAAGGUGUAAAUGGAGAAAUUGUUUAUAGUUUCAGCCCUCAGGUUUCACAAGAGGUUCGCCAGUUGUUUAAAAUUGAUCCAAAAUCAGGGCGCCUAACUCUUGAAGGUCAAGUUGACUUUGAAACCAAACAAACCUAUGAGUUUGAUGUACAGGCGCAGGACUUGGGUCCAAACCCUUUAACUGCUACCUGUAAAAUAAUUGUGCACAUCAUAGAUGUAAAUGACAAUGCCCCGGACAUCACCAUCACCCCACUGACAUCAAUCAGCUCAGGAGUAGCCUACAUCACCGAAGCAGCCGCUAGGGACAGCUUUGUAGCUCUGAUCAGCACCACGGACAGAGACUCUGGGCACAAUGGGCAAGUUCACUGCACGCUCUACGGACACGAGCACUUCAAGCUGCAGCAGGCGUAUGAGGACAGCUUUAUGAUAGUCACCACCUCAGCUUUAGACAGAGAGAGGAUAGCAGAGUACAACCUGACUGUAGUUGCUGAAGAUCUGGGCUCUCCUCCAUUUAAAACAGUGAAGCAUUAUACAAUCAGGGUUAGUGAUGAGAAUGACAAUGCCCCGGUUUUUGCCAGACCCCUUUAUGAAGUGUCAGUGCCUGAAAACAAAGCACCUGGUACAUACAUUACUACCGUGGUGGCCAGAGACCCCGAUUUGGGGCACAACGGAAAAGUAAUUUACAGACUGAUCGAUACAGAUGUCAUGGGUGCCCCUCUAUCCACAUACGUCUCUCUAAACCCUGCUACUGGGGCUAUUUAUGCGCUAAGAACUUUCAAUUAUGAGAUAUUAAAGCAGCUUGACCUGAGAAUACAGGCAAGCGACGGGGGCUCCCCCCAACUCACCAGCAGCGCUAUCAUCAAGGUGAAGGUGGACGAUCAAAACGAUAAUGCUCCUGUUAUUAUCCAUCCCUCUCUUUCCAAUGGAUCGGCAGAAGUUGGAGUCCCCUCCAGAGCACCGCAUGGCUACCUGGUCAUUCAGAUAAAAGCCAGAGAUGCAGACGAAGGGGUUAAUGCUGAGCUCACUUUUAGCAUUUCGGAAGAAGGAAGAAACCUUUUUACUAUCAACAAACAAACUGGAGAGGUUUUCCUGACUGCUGAUAUCAGUGAACAGCUGGGACAGGUCUUCAAGGCUGUAGUCACUGUCACUGAUGGUGGACUACCAACCCUUUCCGCAACGGCCACUAUCAAUUUCUUGGUCACCGCUGCCACCCCGCCACUAAACCACGAAGUCAUGCAGCCAAGUUCUGGGGAGGAGAAAGUUUCCCACUGGGAUAUCCCCUUGAUCGUUAUCAUUGUUCUGGCCGGCAGCUGUACACUGCUCCUAGCGGCCAUCAUCACUAUUGCAACCACCUGCAACAAGCGGAGGAAGGAGAACGGUCUGAAGGCGGACAGCAAGAACCAGAUAGACAUAUCUGAGCUGGAGAAAGCAGAGCAGGAAGAUGACGAGCUCAUCGACAGCCAGAAGGGGAACCUGUUUGAUGCUAGACCCUUCCCUCCCACGGCACCUUUUACUGGAACAGAAGUUGCAGCCACCACCGAGGUGCCCAGCACAGAGGAACCGUUCGGGGGCAGCCUGUAUGAUACACAGAAGAGGCUGCGGACGACUAACAGCGAGACCUAUGCCUCAGCCCCUGGGUUUGGAAAGGACGUGGGACCCACAGUAACAGUGUGGAAGGGACACUCAUUCAAUACUAUACCUGUCAGGGAAGCUGAGAAAUUCAGUGGCAAAGAUAGCGGCAAAGGGGACAGUGACUUCAAUGACAGUGAUUCUGAUAUCAGCGGAGACGCGCUGAAGAAAGACCUUCUUAAUCACAUGCAGACUGGACUAUGGGCUUGUACAACAGAGUGUAAAAUACUUGGACAUUCAGAUCGGUGUUGGAGUCCAUCAUGUGGUAGACCACCUAAUGCCCAUUCAUCCACAAUGCAUACAGGACAGCUUUCAGUGUCCAGUUUUGGCAAGAGUACUUCCCUUCCUCGUGACCCUCUACACAGAGAUAACUAUUAUCAGUCUUCUCCAGCUCAAGCUCACCUUGCUAAAACAGGUGUGCUGCCGAGCGUCUAUGAGAAAGUGCCACAAAAAGACUAUGAAAGUAGGACAAUUACAUUAAUAUCUCCACCAAGGUCUGCUAGACUCCCUGACCUCCAGGAAAUCACCAUGCCCCUUUACAAGUCCCCAGGCACCACCAGAUAUGUACCCCCACAUGACAGUUCUUGUGAACAGGAUGAACUAUAAUAAAACAUAAGGAGAACCAAAAAUCUGUGUAUCUGGGGCUCCAAAAGAAAAAAACAAAAACAAACAAACAAAUCAAAGUUUUAAUAUAUUGACCUAAAAAUACUUCGGCAAUUGUUGAAACUUGGCCAUCUCUUUUAUUGGGAUUGAAAUAGAGACAUUUCACAAAAAUACAAUGUUUUUAAUUAAAAUAAUAUAUUAUGGGUGUGCAAAUGUUUACUUAAUCUAUGGAUAAUUCUUUGUCUGCCCACUAAAAGGUAGCAACUAUUUUAGCUAAAAUAAUAUUGAUCAACAUUGUUAUCAAGGUACAAGACUUGCUGAAACACCUCAGCUGAUGUAGCCUUUGUAAAUCCUAAAGGAGUUUUUUUAAACGUCUUCCAACACCAUCCAGACAUAUCUAGAACUUUCAAAAUGUGUCAUUACUAUUAUCUGGUACAGUUUAGGUACUGUAUCUAUACAGAAGGUAUAAUAGUUGCCAUAUUAAAAUUUAUUUUGUAUCUUACCAAAUUAAAUUAUGUUUCAUCAAUAUUUGUUAAACUUGACACAUAGCUCCAUAAAAGUCCAAUCAGAGAUUAAGUAACAAACUCAAACAAUAUCUAUUCCAGGUUAAAAUCUUGCAAAUCUAAAAACAAAAAUUUCAUUGAAUAUAUUGAUUUUGAUUUAUUGGAAUUAAUAGUAACAUAAAGAUAAUGUAAGUAAAUUUACUUUAGCUAGACAUACUUGUACCUGGAUAAAUACUCACUGUGUCAGUGUAUCUGUAUAUGCACAUAAAUACUCAAACAAUGGGAGGAAUCUAUCAAAGUUAACUCUGGUAUUGUUCUAGAAAUGCAACUUUCACUUUUAAUAUAUAUCUAUAAGUUUUUUUUUCUUGUGCAAACCUGAGAGUAACCUUUCCUAAGUGUCGAUAAAUCCCCCCAAUGUGCCUUAAAAUACAUAUGAAAGGUAGGAAUUUCUUCCUGCGAGGUCAGUACCAUUUGGAAUUUGCAAACAAAUUGUUUGUUGUUUCUGUAAUUUUUAUGAAAUGUGCAGUAUUUAAUUUUCUACAGUGUUUUUGCUCUUAGCUCACAUAUGGCUUGCCAUUUGUUAGUGAUUUAAAUAUAAAUUCUGUGUAAUUGUAAUAAUUUGUAAAUAGUGAAAAAUGUUAUAUUUUUAUAAAAAAUUGUUAAAAAAUGAAAUUUAUUGCCAAAGGAACUGUGUGUAUAAAUACAGCGAUAUAUCUAAAGUCACUUGAAAUGUAUAUAACAAUAUUUACAUUUGCAAACUCAUUGGGAGAAAAAGGACUUGACUUGCAAAACGUGACUUGUAGUUUAUGCACCUGUGGUCCAUUUAACAUGUUAUUUAUUUGCAUUUUAUUUCUGCAAAUUAUAUCACCACCAUACACACUAAUAAAGUAUUUGUGACUUCUGUGAAGCACCUUA